CCAUGUCUCGGCGUCACGGAUCUCCGAGCGCACCCCCCUCAACCAACGGACCGGUAUAAAACGAACAAAGACGCACUUGAACUGAAAACGAGAUAUCAAAAGAAUAUCCUAUCUUAUAUUCUAUCGAGGAUUGCCUUUCAUAAACCAGUAUAGAUCGUAACUUUUUCAACAUGGCCAUUACAGUCGGAAUCGCCGGUAUCACAGGCAAGUUUGCCCGCGAACUCGCAUCGGCACUGCUCAAAUACCCCGACGUCACGAUUAAGGGGUACUGUAGGGACCCCGCCAAAGUUCCCGAGACGCUAUCUUCCAAAGUCCAACUCACCAAGGGAGAUGCCUUCGACACGUCCGCGAUCCGUUCCUUCGUCGCCGCAUGCGACGUGGUAGUCUGCUGCUACCUCGGCGACGGCAAGUUGAUGGUCGACGGGCAGAAAGCGCUCAUCGACGCCUGCGCCGAGGAGGGCGUCCCGCGCUACGUGGCUUCGGACUGGUCGCUGGACUACACCAAGCUCAAGCUCGGAGAGCUGUUCCCCAAGGACCCGAUGAUCCACGUCAAGGCGUAUCUCGAUGCGCACGAUAAGGUCAAGGGCGUGCACGUCCUGGUCGGCAUGUUUACGGAGGUCUUCUUCAGUCCGAGGUUCGGUACCUUCGACGCUGCCUCCGCAACCUUCAAGUUCUGGGGCACGGGCGAGGAGGUUUGGGAAGCUACUACUUACCAGAAUGCGGCGGAGUACACAGCAGCUGUUUGCGUCGAUAAGGAUGCCGUCGGUGUCAAGAAGCUUGUAGGUGGACGAGCAACAAUUCGCGAGAUUGCCGAAUCGUUCGAGAAAGUGUACGGUGUGAAACUAGGUCUCGAAAGCCAGGGCUCGGUAGACGAGCUCUACAAGCACAUGCACGAACUAAGGCAAAAAGACCCCCAGAAUAUCUUCUCAUACAUGUUCUUGUUCUUCCAAUACUAUAUGAUCAACGGACAGACGUUUCUUGGUCCCGAGAACGACAACGGUAAAUAUCCUCAAGUCAAGCCUGUAACUUGGGAAGAUUACCUGAGAUCGGUUCCGAAGGAUCAACUGUUGAGUGCUAUUUCCAAUGUCGGGAGCGUUUAGGAGACGGUGAGAGGAGUUCAAAAUUGAAUAGGAGACAUGUAUCGUUGCUAGCUUAAACAUAGUUUAGUCGUUCUCCUCGCGUGUUCUAAUUUUGGUAACCAUCUUUGUCAUGUUAACGCCACCGCUGGAAUCUACAUAUUCUCUCCAAAUGAAAAUUACCUACCUAUCUAAUUUCAA